UGUUCGGAUCUCUCUCACUCUCAGAGGCUCUGCGCGGACGCACCGUCCACGGGCCUUUAACCAGCUCUCUGUACAUGUGCUAAUACUGCAUCAGGUCCGAAACCAUGGAGGUCCUGGACGCCCUAAAUCUGGGCGAAUUUGCCCAAUAUUUCUCAAAAAUGGCCAUGUUUCCUGUGUUCGAUCUGGCUUAUUAUAUUGUGUCCAUACUUUACCUCAAGUAUGAGCCGGGCUCAGUGGAGGUGUCCCGCAGAAGUCCUGUGGCCUCCUGGCUCUGCGCAAUGCUCUACUGCUUUGGAAGCUACAUCCUAGCAGACAUCAUGCUCGGACACAGCCCCAUCGACUAUUUCCAUAAUAACAACCACGUCGUCCUAGCCUCAGCUGUAUGGUAUCUCAUCUUCUACUGCCCUCUUAACUUGUUCUACAAAUGUGUCGCAUUCCUGCCUAUUAAACUCGUGCUAGUAGGUAUGAAGGAAGUUGUCCGUACUCGCAAAAUCGCUGCUGGAGUCCAUCACGCUCAUCAUGCCUAUCACCAUGGCUAUUUCAUUAUGAUCAUCACUGGUUAUGUCAAGGGAUCUGGAGUAGCUCUGAUGUCAAAUUUUGAGCAACUGGUGCGUGGAGUGUGGAGGCCAGAGACCAAUGAAAUUCUCAACAUGUCAUUCCCUACUAAAGCCAGUCUGUAUGGAGCCAUUCUGUUUACACUCCAGGAGGCACACUGGCUUCCUGUGUCCAAGAGCACCCUUAUCUGCAUCUUCACUCUUUUCAUGGCUACUUUGAAGGUGGUUAUGACGGCUCGCCAUUCUCACGGAUCUCCCUUCACUCUCAUUGAGUCCUGGUUGUCCCACCUGCUCUUCGGAUCUCCUCUUGCUGUUGAAGAUGCUCAUAAUCAUCAAUACACUGUCCCGGCUGCUGUCUCUGCCCCUGCCUCUCCAGCCAAAUCCAAGGAGGAAUUAAGCGAAGGCACUCGCAAGAGAAAAGCCAAGAAAGCGGAAUAGACACCCAGCUCCUUGUUAGAAGACAAUAAUAAAAAUUAAAACAAACAAGCAAAAAAAAUACAGCUUGUAUCUGUCCUCAGGCAAUUUUUUGAUACCUGGGUUUAUAGUCCUUAUCGGAAAGAUAUCAAUUUGAUGUUCACUCAUUAAAGCUUGUUUUUUAAUGGUGCUUUAAAUGGCAUAUAGGGACUGUAAAUAGUUCACCAAUAAUUCUCAUCCUUCCUGUUAAUACAUAAUGUAUAUCUCUAUUUAUUAUGUACAUUGUAGUCGGUCAAUGGAGCUCCAUUUUCUUCUAAGUGGUGAACUAAACUAUCUUAUAGACAUAUGUUUUUGGAUUAUUAAACCCCAAUAAAAAUAGUGAAACUGUCCCUUCCUGUUUAGAUCAAUACAGGGCUACUGAAUGAAGCAGAGUACACACUGUACAUGGAUGCUCUUUAUAUCAGACUGAAUUUGACAGUACAACAUUUUCAGAAGUAAAUCUAUUUUCCAAA